GCGGGCGGGCGGCCAUGCGAUCAGGCACUGCGCUGACCGGCCCGGCGGCUCGGCCUGCUCUGGGUCCUCCCUGUGCAGCCCGUGCGGGGACGUCUCGGAGACCCCGCGCCGACGGCUGCUCAAACAUCACGCUGGCCCCUCCAAGGACACUCCCCAAGUCCCCAGCUGGGGGCUCAGCGUAGACCUGGAGUGGAGACCCCUCUCCUUCCCUUCAUGAUUCGAUAGUAGCUCAGUGGAGAUGGAUGAUGAGGACGGGCGAUGCUUGCUAGACGUGAUUUGUGACCCUCAGGCCCUCAACGAUUUUUUACAUGGAUCAGAGAAAAUUGACAGCGAUGACCUUUUGGAUAACACGGGGGAAGCCACAAGUGCCUUCUUUGAAGGGGCUGGGCUCCACGUUCAAGAAGCGCCAGGCAACCACUUGAACCCGGAGCCCAGCCAGCCUGCGACCAGCGUGGACCUGGACUUCCUGGAGGAUGACAUCCUGGGCUCUCCGUCCGCCGGGGGCGGCGGCGGCGGCGGGUCCGGGGGCGCCGAGCAGCCGUGCGACAUCCUUCAGCAGAGCCUGCAGGAGGCCAACAUCACGGAGCAGACGCUGGAAGCCGAGGCCGAGCUGGACCUGGGCCCCUUCCAGCUGCCCACCCUGCAGCCGGCGGACGGCGGCGGGGCCGGGGCGGGGGGCGCCGCGGCCGCCGGAGCCCAGGCUCUGUUCCCGGGCGGCGCCGACCUCCUGGGCCUGCAGCCGCCGGCCGUCCUGACGCACCAGGCCCUGGUGCAGCCGCCCGACGUGGUGAACGUGAACAAGGCCCUCAGCGUCCAGCCUUUCCUGCAGCCCGUCGGCCUGGGCAACGUGACCCUGCAGCCCAUCCCCGGCCUUCAGGGCCUGCCCAACGGCAGCCCCGGGGGCGCCACGGCCGCCGCCCUGGGCCUGGCGCCCAUCCAGGUGGUGGGGCAGUCCGUCAUGGCCCUCAACCCGCCGGGCCCCCAGCUCCUCGCCAAGCAAGUGCCGGUGGGGGGCUACCUGGCCCCGGCGGCGCCGACCGAACCCGGGCCCGUGACGCUGGCCUCCGCCGGGGUCUCCCCGCAGGGGGCCGGCCUGGUCAUCCAGAAGAACCUCUCGGCCGCUGUGGCCACCACCCUCAACGGGAACUCGGUGUUCGCCGGGGGCGGGGUGCCCGGGACGGCGGCGGGCGGGGCCGCGGGCCCGGGGGGCCAGCCGCUGGCGGUGGCCUCGGGCCUCGGAGCCUCCUCCCUGGUGCCGGCGCCCAACGUGAUCCUGCACCGCACGCCCACGCCCAUCCAGCCCAAGCCGGCGGGCGUCCUGCCCCCGAAGCUCUACCAGCUCACGCCCAAGCCUUUCGGCGCCGCGGGCGCCACGCUGACCAUCCAGGGCGAGGCGGCCAGCCUGCCGCAGCCCCCGAAGGCCCCCUCCAACCUUACCUUCAUGGCCGCGGGCAAGGCGGGCCAGAACGUGGUGCUGUCCGGCUUCCCCCCCGCGCUGCCGGCCAACGUCUUCAAGCCGCCCCCGGCCUCGGUGGGCAGCACGCCGGGCACCUCGGCGCCCCCGCCCGGGGCCCUCAGCAAGCCCAUGAGCGUCCACCUCCUCAACCAGGGCAGCAGCAUCGUGAUCCCCGCCCAGCACAUGCUCCAGGGCCAGAACCAGUUCCUCCUGCCCGGGGCCCCCGCCGUCCAGCUGCCGCAGCCCAUCUCGGCCCUCCCCGCCAACGUGGGCGGGCAGAUCCUGGCUGCGGCCGCCGCCGCCCCCCACGCCGGGGGCCAGCUCAUCGCCAACCCCAUCCUCACCAACCAGAACCUGGCGGGGCCGCUCAGCCUGGGCUCCGUGCUGGCGCCCCACGCGGGCGGCCACGGGGCGGCGCACAUCCUCUCCGCCGCGCCCAUCCAGGUGGGCCAGCCCACCCUCUUCCAGAUGCCCGUGAGCCUGGCGGCCAGCAGCCUGCCCACCCAGAGCCAGCCGGCGCCCGCCGGGCCCACGGCCACCGCCACCGUCCUGCAGGGGGUCACGCUGCCCCCCAGCGCCGUGGCCAUGCUCAACGCGGCCGAGGGCCUGGUCCAGCCCGCGGCGGCCCCGGCCGGCGGCGAGGCGGCCCCCGUCCUCGCCGUGCAGGCGGCCCCCCAGGCCCCUCCCGCCGCCGCCGCAGUGCCUCCCGCGGCCCCGCUGCCGCUGGGCCUCCCGCAGCAGCCGCCGCCCCCGGCCCCCCAGGCCCCGGCCCCCGCGCAGCCCACGACGCCCCAGCCCAGCCCCAGCCUGGCCUCCAGCCCCGAGAAGAUCGUCCUGGGACAGCCGGCCACCACCACGGCCGUCAUCACUCAGGAGUCCAUGCAGAUGUUCCUGCCGCAGGAGAGGAGCCAGCAGCCCCCGUACCUCCCGCUGCCCAUGGAGGGCGCCCACCUCUCCCUGCCUCUGCCCGCCUACAGCGUCGCUGUCUCGGCCCCCAGCACCUCGAGCAGCGCACCCGCCUCUGUCAUAGUCAGCAGCGGCGCGGGCCAGCCGCAGGCCCGCGACCCCGCUCCGGGCACCCCCGACACCAAAGGAGCCGGCCUCAUACCUCAGUUCCCCACCAGCCAGACUCCCCCGGCCCUGACCCCCCAGAUCUCGGCCGCUCAGCAGAAGGUCCCAGGGGCUUCCUCCUCCCCUUCGCUACCUCACCCGCCGCCGCUGGGCGACAGCCCUCACCUGCCUUCCCCCCACCCUGCCCGGCCCCCCUCCAGGCCCCCCUCCCGGCCCCACUCGCGUCCCCCCUCCCAGCCCCAGAGUGUGUCCCGGCCUCCCUCAGAGCCCCCCCUGCACCCCUGCCCGCCGCCUCAGCCCCUGCCUGGGCUCUUUGUCAUCCAGAACCCCCUGGGGCCUUCCCCCCAUGGGGCCGCGACCCCGGCCCCCACCACGGCCCCGACCCCCCCGCUGCGACCCCCCUCUCAGCCCCCCGAGGGCCCCGCCCCUCCCCCUCCACACCUGCAGGCCCAGUUGGCGACCCCCACCUCCGACACCGCUCCCAGGCUGCCUGCCUCGGCGCCCCCGGAAGCCCCUCACUCAAAUUCGCCCCACUUCCAGCUCCAAUUUGCCCCGAGCCAAGUGCCCCUCAAGCCCCCCACGCCCACGCCCACGGUCCACCUCGCUCCAGAGCCCCCUCCGCAGCCUCCGGCCCCCCCGCCGCCGCGGACCUUCCAGAUGGUGCCCAACCCGUUCCAGGCCCUGGCCACGCCGGCGGCGCAGCCCAAGCCGCUUCUGGACAGGUUCCACCAGGUGCCAUCCGGGCUCAUUCUCCAGGGGAAAGCUGCGGGUCCUCCAGCCUCCCAGCAGACCCCCCCAGCCCUGGGCCCCCUUGCCAGCCCGGCCCCCUCCAUCCUGGUCAGUGGGCAGGCCCCACCGGGGGCCCAGGCCGCCCCCAGCCACCCUCCUGCCCCCGCAGCCGGCGCAGACGGCAAAGUAUUUGGCAGCGGCCUUCCGGCCCUGGGCGGGGCCAAGGUGGUCACCGGGCCGGGAAAGUCAGCCGGCCCAUCCCCGGGGCAGUACGAGAGCAAAGUGAGCAACCUGAAGAAAUCUGCCGCGGUGCAGCCCAGCAAGGAGGCCUGCUUUCUGGAGCAUCUCCAUCGGCACCAGGGCUCCGUGCUGCAUCCCGAUUACAAGACGGCCUUCCCCUCCUUUGAGGACGCCCUGCGCCGCCUGCUGCCCUACCACGUCUACCAGGGGGCCCUGCCCUCGUCGCACGACCAUCGAAGAGUGGACGAAGAGUUUGAGACAGUUUCCACGCAGCUGCUGAGGCGCACGCAGGCCAUGCUGAACAAGUACCGCCUGCUGCUCCUGGAGGAGUCCCGGAGGGUGAGUCCUUCCGCAGAGAUGGUCAUGAUCGACCGCAUGUUCAUCCAAGAAGAGAAAACCACGCUGGCCCUGGACAAGCAGCUGGCCAAGGAAAAGCCGGAUGAGUACGUGUCUUCCUCCAGGCCCCACGGCCUCCCUGGCCUGGGCUCAGAGAGCCAGAGUUCCCACCGGCUCUCCUGCGCCCCAGCGCACCCCCCGCUCUCUUCUUCCUCCUCGGGGGCUUCGGCCCAGCUGCCCCCGCACCCACCCACCAAGCUGGUGAUCCGGCACGGCGGGGCGGGCGGCUCUCCCUCGGUGACCUGGGCCCGGGCCUCCUCCUCGUCCUCGUCCUCCUCCUCCUCCUCGGCCGCCUCUUCGCUGGACGCCGACGAGGACACGCCCCUGCCGUCCCGAAGCCGCCCGCCCAUCAAGACCUACGAGGCUCGGAGUCGAAUCGGCCUCAAGCUGAAAAUAAAGCAGGAGGCCGGACUCAGCAAGGUGGUCCACAACACGGCCUUGGACCCCGUCCACCACCCGUCUCCGGGGCCCAAGGGCGCCGAGCCCCCGGCCCCGCCGCCGCCCCCGGCCCCGGCCUCCUCGGGCCAGAUGAACGGGACGGUGGAGCACCCCCCCGCGCCCACGGAGCGGAAGCCGGCCGCGCCCGCCCCUCAGUGCCCCCGACUGCCCCUCCGCAAGACCUACCGCGAGAACGUGGAUGCCUUCAGCAGCUGCCGGGCCCCGCGGGCGGCCACGGGGGGGAGCCCGGCCCCGGCGGCCCUCGUCAAACCGGACGACGCCCCCGGCGGCCUCAUCCGGGAGCUGGCCGAGGUGGAGGACGAGCUGUACCAGCGGGUCAUGAAGGCGCCCCUGGAGGUGGGGACCGCCGGGCCCGGGCCUGGGGCCGGGGCCGAGCCCGCCUGGGAGGCGCCGCCCUUGCCGCCGGCCAAGAGGCGCAAAUCGGAGUCUCCGGACAUGGACAACGCCAGCUUCUCGAGCGAUAGCCCGCAGGACGACUCUCUGACAGAGCAUCUGCAGAGCGCCAUCGACAGCAUCCUCAACCUCCAGCAGGCGGCCCCUCAGCCCUCGGGCCGGACUACGGGCGGCCCCCCAUACCCCCACCCGGCCGCCACCACCACCGCUGCCUCCCCGCCCCUGCACCGGCCUGACGGCUACCUGGGCCCCAGCCACAACGGCGGCCUGGGGGCCAGGACGUUGAAUAGAUAACAGCAGAUUCUCCCCCCGCCCCCCUCGCCCGUGAUCCCCCCGCAGAUGACCCUGAGGACUCUGGGGGAGAUCGCCAGCCCGCUGCCCCCACCUCUGACCUCUAACCCCCAGGGAGGGUCAGACCAGGGUUUGCCCUUCUUCUCCCCUCCCCCGAACAAUUCGCUGUUUCUUUCCUAAGUUAUUCGAUUUAUCGCCUCCCCCCCCAACCCGGCUCCAGCCCCAAAACACUAAGAAAAGAGGCGGGGGUUGGGGGGAGCCCGUGGAGCAAACGAGCAAGGUCCCUUUGGGAGCCCCCGGCUCCCCCAACCUGUGAUCUUAGUGGGUCCUGGGGCCCGCUCGGGGGAGGGGAGAGGAGGGGACGCCGAUUACUGCCACUGUGUGUACGUCCGUGUGUCUGUGUGAGAGCGAGCGAGAGAGAGCAGGGAGAGAACCUUCGGGACCACGCAGUCCAAAGAGAGGGAAGCGGAUUUAUCACGGGCCUACUGCGCGCCGGCACUGGGCUAAGUGCUUUACACCCCGAGCGGAUCGAGAGCCGGGCGCCCCCGCUCGCCAGAUUCCUCGCACCACCGUGCCUCCCAGGGCGGCUCUUCGUGCCGGGGCGGCUGCCCGCCCCCCGGGGAGCUCCGCGUGUGUGUCCGUGCGUGUGCGUGCGUGUGCGUGCGUGUGUGAGUGCGCGGGCGCGCGCCGCCCCGCCCCCGCUCGGAGUGUCUCCCAAAGCCGAAGCAGACCACUGGCCCUUCCCGCCCUCCCACCCCCCGCCGGGCUUUGAGAUCUCGGAGACAAACUAGUACUGUAACAUAUUUUGUACUGUAUUUAUUGUGUAUAACGAUUUUUUAAGGAAUCCUGUACAUUUAGUAUUCCCCUGUAAAUUAAAGCCAGUCCUCUUUUUAAACCGGGA